AGUUGAGGAACUAGUACCCAACAAUAGUCCCAUAAGGUCAAAAACUAUUUUCAUAUAAAAACAAAGGCCGGUUUGACUUAUGUAAAAACUUUCUGUCGUUUUUUUCAACGAUAAUUCACUUAUGGAAAAAAACUUAAAAUCCAACCCUCUCCAAUUGGAAGAAAUUGACACUGAUUUAUAUAGGCAAGCUUUUUUCUCCCCAAUUUCAACAGAUACUUUUCUUUCGUUUCCAAAAUAGUGUUUACAUUUCUCAAUUCUGAGAAUAUAGAAUUUUGUCAUUCAUCUUCGAACAUUUGUUCUUCAUUAACAGAAGUGCAGAUAAUUUAUGGAGGCCUGUGGCAGCCAGAGCGGUAUAUGGUGGUCAAGUUGUUGGUCAAGCCCUCGUGGCAGCAGGAAACACGAAAAGGCAAAAUUUUCAUGUACAUAGCGUUCAUUGUUACUUUGUAUCUCCCGGAAAUCCUAAUAUACCGAUUAUUUAUCAUGUUGAAAGAGUUAGAGAUGGUAAAAGUUUUUGUACAAGGUCAGUAAGAGCAAUGCAAAAGGGAAAUGCUAUUCUAACGAUGAUGGUUUCUUAUCAAAAAACUGAGUAUAUGCCCAUUGAGAAUCAGUUUAUUAUGCCAGAAGCUCCCCCUCCAGAGAGUCUUAUGAAUAUUGAACAUUUACUGCGUACACUUCUGAGUCGAUCCGAUUUAUCAGACAGUAGAAGAGACUACGUAACCAAAGUAUUAGCUCAAGAAAUGCCAAUUGAAAUAAAGCCUGUAGAUCCAUUCAUAUACUAUAAAAUGGUUCCAGGUACUGCACCCCGAGCUCUUCUUUGGAUGAGAGUUAGGGGAAAUAUAGAUGAAAAUGAUAGGAACUUACAUAGGUGUGCUUGUGCAUAUAUAUCGGAUAUUGCAUUGCUGAGGACAGCUUUAGUGCCAUACCCAAAUUUUAAAAUGACAUUCGCUGCAUCUUUAGACCACUCAAUGUGGUUUCAUUCUCCAUUUAGAGCAGACGAAUGGAUGCUCUACGAAUGUGAGAGUCCUCGAUUAGUCGCAAAUAGAGGUUUAAUACACGGAAGAGUUUGGAAAAGAGACGGUACUCUAGCCGUCUCCGUUGCUCAAGAAGCCCUUAUCAGAGGACAGAUUGAUAAUAAGACAAGUAAAUUAUAA